CAAGUAACGAAAGAGAAAAAAUUAUUAUUAAUACACCUUCAGAUUAUGUUAAUCUCUUCGAAAAAUGUUGGUCGUCUGAACCAGAUCUGCGUCCGAUAUUGGACGACGUUUUGCCUGAACUCGUGAGAUUAUCAAAAGAAAGACCUAUAAAAUUUAUUACAAAUAUUAUUGGCGAUAAAAGAAUUACGGAGUCAUUAUCCAAAACUUUGGAAAACUUAAAUUCUUCGAGUGAUAGUGGUCGACAAUGCAUUUUUCGCGAAAAUGUUCCCUCAAUUUCUGAAAAUGUAAAUACCUCAAUACACACGGGGAACUUAGUUCUUUCGAACGAUAAUGAAAAUAUCC